AUGGCUUCCAAUUUUAAUGACAUAGUGAAACAAGGGUACGUGAGGAUCCGGAGCAGACGCCUAGGGAUAUAUCAGCGAUGCUGGCUAGUAUUCAAGAAAGCUUCAAGCAAAGGUCCAAAAAGACUGGAGAAAUUUUCUGAUGAACGUGCUGCAUAUUUUAGGUGUUAUCAUAAGGUUACAGAGCUCAACAACGUGAAGAACGUAGCUCGGUUGCCAAAGAGCACCAAGAAACAUGCCAUAGGGAUUUAUUUCAGUGAUGAUACCUCCAAGACCUUUGCUUGUGAAUCAGAUCUUGAGGCCGAUGAAUGGUGCAAAGUACUCCAGAUGGAGUGUGUGGGCACGCGGAUCAAUGACAUCAGCCUCGGAGAGCCUGACUUAUUGGCUACUGGGGUUGAGAGAGAACAGAGUGAGAGAUUCAAUGUGUAUUUGAUGCCAUCCCCUAACUUAGAUGUACAUGGCGAAUGUGCCUUGCAGAUUACAUAUGAGCACAUCUGUCUUUGGGACGUCCAGAAUCCCAGAGUCAAACUCAUCUCUUGGCCGCUAAGCGCCCUGCGGCGGUAUGGGCGAGAUGCUGCUUGGUUCACUUUUGAGGCAGGGAGGAUGUGUGAAACUGGGGAAGGGCUGUUUAUCUUUCAAACGCGAGAUGGGGAGGCCAUCUACCAGAAGGUCCACUCUGCUGCCUUGGCAAUAGCUGAGCAGCACGAUCGCUUGCUCCAAAGCGUGAAAAAUUCAAUGCUCCAGAUGAAAAUGAGCGAGCGGGCGGCCUCCCUGAGCACCAUGGUGCCCCUGCCCCGUAGCGCCUACUGGCAGCACAUCACGCGACAGCACAGCGCUGGACAGCUCUGCCACCUGCAAGAUGUCACCAGCCCUCUGAAGCUUCAUCGGACAGAGACUUUUCCUGCCUACCGAUCGGAGCACUGACAGGAGCUGCCGAGAAUCGAGAAUCGUUGUGUGACACACUUGUGAUGUGUUGGCCGCCGCAGAUCCA